UACGCACACAUUAGACGUACUUUUCUUUUCUCAGACUUUGAUGGGAUUAUUUUUUACUGCUAACAGUGUACAAUUACAUUGGAUUGUUACAAUCAAGUGAUUACCAUUUGAUCGAACAGACUUGACGCAUUUGGAUACCUUUAUAACUGGUUCAUGGAUUUACAAAAUGCAACAAUCAAGUAAACGAUCUAGGGUUGUCAAGGAGUCAAUCAUCCCAUAUAUAACUGAAUCAGUAUUGUCUAUAAUUUGUAGUUAAAAUAUCUGAAACACUAAGCAGUAUCGGAGAAACUCAUAAACUUUUAUUAAAAGCCAAUGAGAUAUUUGUAAAGUAUUUAGUUGAAGAAGAAAAGAAAAAGAAAUCUAAACUUAUUAUUCAGCCAGAGCAAAAUCAAAUUCAAGGAGAGCAGACAAAUAAUAGCACAGUAGAAAAAUAAGCAAUAUUAAAGAUGAAUCUAGAUAAUUCAGAAGUUGUAUCUUUUAUAAACAACUAUUUUGCUUUAGCUGAUGGGCUUGUUCCUGAAUUUGAAUAUCUUUUAGCUGAAAAUGUUGUAUUAGACUGGUUUGGUAAAACAAUUAAAGGUAAACACAAUGUGACAGCUUUUAUGAAUAUGCAUAAAAUUAACUCAAGACAUGUGUUUAAUGAAAUUUAUUCAAGUGAUAAUAUUGGGUACAAUGGAAAAUCUAAUUUUAGAAGAAGAAGAAGAGGCAAGUCUAAAAGUGCAAAUAACUCUGUGCAAAAUGGAAAUAUUUCCUGUGAAAACAACUUGAUUUAUCACAGUAGCCCUCUCAAUGAAAGUGUUUCAUCUAAUGAACAAUCAUUUUCAUGUACAAAAAGCUACUCUUCUACUGAAGAAGAACAUGGCUUAACAUUCGAGUUACAUGAUGAUAGCCUUACUAAUAUUUUUAAGUUAGAAAAUAUACAGUCUACGGACACUGAAGAAAUAGAACAACAAAUUUGUCAAAUUGGUCUAGAAGAAAAAUCCAACAAUCUUUCAUCUAUAACACUCUUCAAAGAGGCAAAGGAAGCUAAGAAUAUUAGUAUUGUCGAGUCUUCAAUGAAAUUUGUAGAGGCAGAUGGAGAAAUAUUAUUUGCUAAAAAAUCAAGACGACAGAGUAUUUGGAACGAAUAUAAAUUACUUUCGUCAAUUUCAACACAAACAUGGAGGAAACCCUGCAAGCUGCAAAUUGCUUAUUCUUUACAGAAGGUUUGCCAGACACCUAAAUUAACUUCUAAUAAUAAUAACAUUAAGUCUCAUUGUAAACCAGUUCUAGUUAAAAAUCAAACAGAGUUGAUGAAUUUUGAACAAAUAAUCGAUCUUAGUAAUCAGCUUGUGCCAAAUGUUAAUGAUUAUGCUGGUUAUCUUAGAAAUGUUAAUAUUGAAAGAGAACAAGAUGUAUUUUUUGAUCAAUUUAAUGAAUACUUGUUGAAAAAUCAGAGGAGUAAUUUGAAUACUACACCUCAGUACAUAAAUAAUCAAUUAGCUUUGCAAAAAAACAUAUGUGAUGAUCAAAAUAAAUCUCAAAAUAAUUGUUUCUCUAAUUAUUCGAUUCAAAUUAUUAUUUAUGAAGGUAGAAGUCAUUGCAGAGCAAAUUUAUCUGAGAAAUUUAUAUAAUUAGUAAACUAUAUAUUUAUAUAUACAUAGAUGUAUGUAUGUACGUAGGAUAAACGUGAUUAAUGUCGUUUAUCAAUGCUUUUAAAUGCUAUAAGUAAAUAUUAUUACAAGAUAAUAUGUAAAAUUAUAGUAAAAUUUCGAUGAUUCA